AUGUCACAACAUGCAUACUAUUGUCUUGAACCAUUGUCAAAUAGGAUAUAUGUAUCCAGACAUGUCAAUUUUGUGGAAAAUUCAUUCCCAUAUCAAUCCAUAAUUAACUCGUCAUCUACUUGUCAUCUAAUUCCAUCACCAGACUCUACUGUACAUAGCAUUAUUCAUAUUAACCAAGAUCAAAGUUCAGCUCCGGUACUAAACCAAUCCCUAGUGCAUGAGUCAUCUAUGUAUGUGUCACCCGUUCUCCCGUUAACAGUAUUCAGUCAUGCACCAGCCAUUGUACUGAACCAAACACGAGUACCCUUGUCAUAUGUACCUAGUUGUACACCUACAUAUGAGUCAUUAGUCCUGCUAUCGAGUCCUAUACCAGUUCAUGCCUCGAAUACUACACCAUUACCUGAGUCAAUGCUUCCUAUUGAGUCAUCUGUAACAACAAAGAUACCAGUGAUUAGUGAUAAUUUAACAAGAUCUACCACCAAUAAUUCACACGAUCAGGUCCAACCUUCACAAACAAAUAAUUCAGUUCAACGUGAUCCUAUUGUAACAAGGUCCCAAAAUAAUAUAUUCAAACCCAAGAAUUUAUUUACUGCCACUAAACAUGAGUUACAGGAAAAUCUUGAGCCAUCUACCAUUACUCAAGCAUUUAAAAUACCACAUUGGAGAGAUGUUUGUUCUGCUAAUUUAAUGCACUCAUGA